UUUAGUUAGAUAAUCUCAAAACCCUUUUACAUUUUUAAAUUCGCUUGACAUUUUUGAUCAGACUUAUCAAUUUAUUACAAUAAAAGCAGUGAUCCCAAGUGCCACAGUUGGAUGUCACGCCGAUAUGCCGAUAGACUCGAUAGCAUCCGCGGAGGACUUGCAAUAAAAUAAAGAUAAACAAGGGCAGGGAGCCAUGUUCAAAUUUCUGAGAGGAAAAUUAUCAAACUUUUUCGUAAAAUCCAGCCGUCUUGUGCUCGUGCGGCAUGGCGAGAGUGAGUUUAAUUUGAAAAAUCUAUUCUGCGGCUGGCACGAUACUCCGCUCAGCGAGGGUGGCCUUCAGCAAUCACGCACUAUUGCUGCAGCCAAGCUGCUGGAAGCUAAGAUUGGAUUCGACAAGGUCUAUUGCUCGGCAUUGGGUCGCUCCCGACAAAGUGCGGAUGUAAUCUUGGCCGAAAUGAAAAGUUCUUAUCUGCCUGUGGUGUUGGACUGGCGACUAAACGAGAGGCAUUAUGGCAAUUUAACUGGCAGUAACAAGCGGCAGGUGGCGGAUGCAUAUGGCGAGCAGCAGGUGCAGGCCUGGCGACGUGGUUACGAUGAGAUACCGCCUCCAAUAGAACCCUCAAACAGUUACUAUUAUGCAAUCCUCAACAACUUGGCCUUUAGAAAUAUACCAGUUGGUCAAUUUCCACUCUCGGAAUCGAUGCACAUGUGUGUGGAUCGCGUGAAGCCCAUUUGGGAAGAAAUCAAGAAAGAGGUCCUUCAAGGCAAGCGGGUGUUGAUCGUCGCUCAUGGAACUGUCGCUCGUGCCCUCGUCCAGCAUAUUGAAGAUUUAAGCAAUGAAGACAUCGUCAAAGUCAACGUUCCCAAUUGUGUUCCAAUCGUUUACGAGUUUGAUUUGCGAACCGGUGAUCUCAUAGGAAAUAGCACCUAUCUAGGGGAUGCGCAAUACAUCGAGAACAUGAAGGAUAAGGUUGCUGCUAUUGGCGAUUGAGUAUCGAAUGUAGAUAGACCUGUAAAUUUCGGUUGCACCUAGUUUAUAAUUUUAAAAACUCAACGACUAGUUCAUUUAAGCAAACAAAAAUUGCGUCUCGAAUUAAAAUCCUUGAUUUCCUACUGAAUAA